AUGUCCUUCAACGACUCCUCCAACCUCGAAUCACAACCCACAACAUGGCGACGUCAGGACGACCCCGAGUACGCCGAUGACCCCGAGUUCCAGCGCUACACGACCGACCUCAGCGACAAGCUCUUCUCCCUCACCUCCAACAUCGGCAAGCUCGCCAGCCAGGUAGGGCUGCUUGGCACGCGCAGGGAGACGGAUCGCGUAAGAGAGAGGGUGCAGGAUCUAUUACAGGACACCGGCGAUGGGUUCAAGGACGUCGGGGAGGGGCUGAAGAAGGUGCAGGCAUGGCAUGACCUGGGGCCAUCGCAGAAGUACACCCAAGGCAAGCUCAACCAGGAGUUCAAGGCCUCCCUCACCGAGUUCCAAUCCCUCCAGCGACAAGCACUCGACAAGCAGCGAGCGGCGAGGUCAGCGCUUGAGCAAGAGCAGGAAGGCAGCCUCAGCCCACAGGCAUCACAGCAGCAGCAGCAACAGCUCCUACAACAGCAGCCGGUAUUAGCCGACCAGUCCGAAGUCAACUUCAACGAGACGCUCAUCGUCGAGCGAGAAUCGGAGAUCCGAAACAUCGAGCAGUCGGUGGGCGAGCUGAACGAGCUGUUUAGAGAUGUGGCGCACAUGGUUCAUGAGCAAGGGCAGAGUUUGGACAUCAUCAGUGAGAACGUGACGCAGACGAGAGACGAUACAAGGAACGCAGACCAGCAGUUGCGGACUGCGAGCCGGCAUCAGAAGAGUGCGAGAGGGAAGGCGUGCUGUUUGCUGAUUAUACUGGUGAUAGUGCUGGCAGUGGUGAUAUUGGCUGUUGUUGUGGGAUGA